CUCUUCUCUAAAUAAUCUUUAAGAAAAUUAUGAAAAUGAUAAUCCACAUUUUCAUCAUCCUCUCUUUGGUUUCAUCCAUCUCUUUUGCCUCAGUUCAAGACUUUUGUGUAGCUGAUCCAAAGGGUCCUCAAAGCCCAUCAGGAUACUCUUGCAAGAACCCUGACCAGGUCACCGAGAAUGACUUCGCAUUCACCGGUCUAGGCAAAGCUGGAAACACUUCCAACAUCAUUAAAGCCGCAGUGACUCCAGCUUUUGCCCCUACCUUCGCAGGCAUCAAUGGACUUGGUGUCUCAUUGGCUCGUCUUGACUUAGCCACUGGUGGUGUCAUCCCUCUUCACACUCAUCCUGGUGCUUCUGAGGUUCUUGUAGUCAUACAAGGAACCAUUUGCGCUGGAUUCAUCUCCUCUGCUAACAAAGUUUACUUGAAGACUCUCCAGAAAGGUGAUUCUAUGGUGUUUCCUCAAGGGCUCCUUCAUUUUCAGCUUAACUCUGGGAAAGGUCCUGCAUUGGCCUUUGUUGCCUUUGGAAGCUCCUCUCCAGGGCUCCAGAUUCUAUCGUUUGCUUUGUUUGCAAAUGACUUGCCUUCAGAGCUCGUUGAAGCCACAACGUUCCUUAGCGAUGCAGAGGUUAAGAAGCUUAAGGGUGUGCUUGGAGGAACUAAUUAAGCUUCUCUUUCGUUUUUUCUAUGUUAUUUUUUUCAUGUGUGUUUUAGUCAAUUUCGUCUGCCAUUCUGAUUUUUUUUUUCCAAUGGUUGUUGUUUUGAGUUGUUAUUGGUUUCAGUGUUUCAUUUUAUAAUCUAUUGGCUUCAACUGUAUUAAGUAAUAAGUAUCAGUUGCAGACGUCUAAGAUGGCUCUUGACUAUCUGGAUAUUUA